AAACACACAAACACUUCCCUCACCUUCUUGCGCCACAAGGCGAAGCCGGAAAUCCCCGACGAGACGGCCGCGCCCGCCGCCGGCGACGUCGCCUCGCCGGUAUCAGAGAAAACAUCUGUUAAAAACAGCUAGGAGGUUGAAACAACUUCACAAUGAGUAGCAUUGGGACUGGUUAUGAUCUCUCUGUCACCACCUUCUCCCCAGAUGGCCGUGUUUUCCAGGUUGAGUAUGCUGGAAAGGCCGUCGACAACAGCGGGACUGUUGUUGGUAUCAAAUGCAAAGAUGGGAUUGUCCUUGGUGUGGAGAAGCUGGUGACAUCGAAGAUGAUAUUGAAGGGAUCGAAUCGGAGACUCCACUCUGUACACCGACACUCUGGCUUGGCUGUUGCUGGUUUAGCAGCAGACGGUAGGCAGAUAGUCUCUAGAGCAAAGUCAGAGGCAGCCAGUUAUGAAAAGGUGUAUGGAGAACCCAUGCCUGUAAAGGAAUUGGCUGAUCGUGUAGCUAGCUAUGUACAUUUAUGUACCCUCUACUGGUGGCUCAGGCCUUUUGGCUGUGGAGUUAUUCUUGGAGGUUAUGAUAGGGAUGGUCCACAACUCUACAUGAUCGAACCUUCAGGGCUCUCUUAUAAAUACUUCGGUGCUGCACUAGGGAAAGGAAGACAGGCUGCAAAAACGGAGAUAGAGAAGCUGAAGCUCUCUGAGCUAACAUGCAGGGAAGGCAUUGUUGAGGUUGCAAAGAUAAUCUAUGGAGUACAUGACGAAGCGAAAGACAAGGACUUUGAACUGGAGCUGAGCUGGGUAUGUGAUGAAUCAAACCGCCAGCACGAGAAGGUUCCAGACGACCUCGUGGAGCAGGCGAAGGCAGCCGCCCAGGCAGCGCUGGAGGAGAUGGACGCAGACUAGCAACCGUAGAUCAUCACCAAUUCACCAUUGCUCUAGAAUCAUAUCUACAUUAUUUGAUGCUAGAACGAUUAUCUAUACCAUAUGGCAACAUUGCGUAGUAGACUCCGGCAGCUCGUCAGUUUCAUUUCGACGAGAAAGCACCUUAAGAAGAAAAUGUUGUACUAUACAGCUCGAUCGCUGUCGCAUAUUGUUUGCUCCUGAUUUCUGACAAACCACAAGCUCGCUGUUUGCUCAACCGUUGAAACUUGAUAUAGAUGAUUAGAUGAUUACCACCGUU